CCGCUCCGCUCUCCUCCGCACCCGCCCAAGCGCCGGCCAUGACGGGCUCACUGUUCAAGGGGAACUUCUGGAGUCCAGACAUCCUCAGCACCGUUGGCUACGACAGCAUCAUCCAACAUCUGAACAACGGCCGCAAGAACUGCAAAGAGUUCGAAGACUUUUUAAAAGAAAGGGCAUCAAUUGAAGAGAAAUAUGGCAAGGAUCUACUCAGCCUCUCUAGGAAGAAACCAUGUGGACAAUCUGAGAUCAACACCCUGAAGCGGGCCCUUGAAGUCUUCAAGCAGCAAGUAGACAAUGUGGCACAAUGUCACAUUCAGCUUGCACAGACCCUAAGAGAAGAGGCCAGGAAGAUAGAAGAAUUCAGGGAAAAGCAAAAGCUACAACGGAAAAAGACAGAGCUUAUAAUGGAUGCUGUCCACAAACAAAGGAGCUUGCAAUUCAAGAAAACUAUGGAUGCAAAGAAGAUCUAUGAGCAGAAAUGCCGAGACAAAGAUGAUGCAGAGCAGGCUGUCCACCGAAAUGCCAACUUGGUAAACCCGAAGCAACAAGAAAAGCUUUUUGUGAAACUGGCAACUUCAAAGACAGCCGCAGAGGACUCUGACAAGGCAUACAUGCUGCACAUCAACACGCUGGAUAAGGUCCGAGAAGAGUGGCAGAGCGAGCACAUCAAGGCCUGCGAGGUGUUUGAAGCUCAAGAAUAUGAACGAAUAAACUUCUUUCGGAACGCACUGUGGUUACACGUGAACCAGCUGUCAAAACAGUGUGUCACCAGCGAUGAGAUGUAUGAAGAAGUUCGUAAGAGUUUAGAAAUGUGCAGCAUCAAGAAGGACAUUGAGUACUUUGUGAAUCAGCGAAAAACUGGACAGACACCACCAGCACCCAUCAUGUAUGAGAAUUACUACUGCCCCCAGAAGGAUGCAGCCUCAUCAGGAAAGGCUACGGGGGUACUGAACACAGGAAGGAGAGGUCCGCUCCCGGUUCCUAAAAGUUUACCAGGUGACCCGACUUAUUCUUUGGUUGAUAACUACAGUUUGAUCUACCAGUAACAUCAAUG